AUGACCCGUGUUCGCUUUGUGGUUCCUUUUCCAACCCCAUGCCUUAACUGUGCCAUGACUACUCCCCAGGGCAAGAAGAUCUAUGCCAAGAAAUCUUCAACUACUACCCAGGGUGUUACUAUCUACUCCUUCUCUUUUAAGUGCCCGGGAUGCCAACACUCUCUAGUUAUAGAAACAGACCCCUUUAAUGGAGUGUAUAAACAAGUUUAA